GCUGAAUGCAGAGGCGGACUUUGACACCUAGAUGCGAUAGAAUCUUGGAAAGGCAACUGUGGGUAUCAGUCAGAUGCUUAGUCGGGAGGGUCCAGGAUGUUCAGCAGUACGAAGCACGUUCUGGCAAUCUUCCUCCUCGUCAACAUCGUCGGUGGUAACGAGAUUGAAACAUCGAAGACAGUAGAAGUAGACCCUUCCUCUGGAACAGUCUGGCCGAAGCCCCAGGUCCUGAAGACGUCAGCUCGUCAAUAUAUCAUUGACUCUUCGACCUUCAAGUUUCGGCUGGCAAGCGAAGUCUCAAAAUGCGACAUACUAGCGGAGGCGCUUAAGAGGUACAGACAACUCUUCUUCCUACCAGACUGUCCAAGCCAACGGUGCCAGCCAGACGUAGAUUCAUGGAACAGUCCUCCAGCAGAGACGUUGACCCAGCUGCAGAUACAUAUGACCACGUGUGAGGUGCAGCCACAUUUAAACAUGGACGAACGCUACAUAAUACAACUGAGCGCUUCACAGCCCGAUGCCCGGUUGGUUGCAAACACGACCUGGGGCAUACUACGAGGACUGGAGACGUUCAGCCAACUCAUUCGGACCGUCAAUGACACACACUUCCUGAUCAGCGCUACCUACAUCGAGGACUUCCCCAGGUUUCCUCAUCGAGGGCUCUUGAUCGACUCUUCGAGGCAUUUUCUUCCGUUACGGACAAUUGUACAGACUUUGGACGCCAUGGCCUACAACAAAAUGAAUGUCCUCCAUUGGCACAUUGUGGACGAUCAGUCGUUUCCUUACGUCAGUUCCCGGUUUCCAGCCAUGAGCGAGAAGGGAGCGUAUGAUCCCAGGACGCAUAUGUACAGUCCCAAAGACGUUCGUUACGUCAUUCAGGAAGCUGCGCUUCGUGGAAUCCGUGUGAUUGCCGAGUUUGAUACACCAGGUCACACUCAAUCGUGGGGCAAAGCAUAUCCAAGUCUACUGACCACGUGCUACGACGGAGGACGCCCAACAGGCACCUAUGGCCCCAUCGACCCAUCGAGAAAGGAAAACUACGUAUUUCUACAGCGGUUCUUCCAGGAAGCAGCUCAGGUCUUCCCAGACAAGUACAUCCAUCUGGGAGGCGAUGAAGUCAGCUUCGAUUGCUGGAGAUCCAACCCGAACAUCACUGCUUUUAUGAAACAGCAAGGCAUGGAGGGCAACUACAACCAACUGGAACAGUUCUAUGUUCAGAAAGUCGUGAACUUAGUGGAAACGCUUCAGAAGAGCUAUUUUGUGUGGCAAGAGGUGUUCGACAACGGCGUUCAGCUUGCAGAAGAAAGUAUAAUUCACGUAUGGAAGGAACCUCAUGAAGAUGAGAUGUGGCAAGUUACCAGCCAGGGUUUCCGAGUUUUGCUGUCAUCGUGCUGGUACCUGGACUAUAUCUCCUACGGCGCAGACUGGAAAAAGUACUACCUGUGCGAUCCCCAGGAAUUUCACGGCUCUCCGCAGCAGAACAGUCUUGUGAUGGGAGGCGAAGCUUGCAUCUGGGGAGAAUACGUGGAUGCAUCGAACCUCAUCAGCCGCACUUGGCCCCGUGCAUCCGCAGUAGCUGAGCGACUCUGGAGUCCCGCCUCCGCAAGCGACGUUGAUGAAGCCACGCCCCGGUUCAAGAACCUGCGAUGUCUCAUGCUCAAACGUGGACUCACACCUGAACCGCAGGAAGGACCUGGAUUCUGCCCAUGCGACUACGUCGUGAAGCAUCCUUAGGCGAUGAACAUCAGGCAGUUUAGCGCUAAUGGGCGCAAGGUUAUUUCUUCGAGGAGGAAGAUUCUAACAGCUUGUUUAAUGCUGCUCUCGGAUGACUGGGUUUAAAUGACUCUGGGUUUAAUGACACAAAGGCGGCAAUCGAUCAUAUAUCAUCGUCAUAUCAUCGUCCCAAACUGAAUCCUCAGAGCAUGAUGUGGAUAGGUGAAUACAGAACAAAAAACUGCUGCGACAAAUCAAAGUGAACGACAUAAAUAAUCCGUUGGUAUACA